GUGCAAUCAGGGCUAGAACUUCAAGACAGUCUUGGCCAGGUUGUUGCUGUGUGGAUAUAGCGAAUAAUGCAAUGGGAGACCUGAGUCCGGGUCUUGAUUUGCCUGAUAAUGUGCGUCCGUUAUCCGGCCAGUAUCUUCCGCCCUCGCUACAAGCAAAUGAUGAUGAGAGAGCAUAUAGUACGCAAUUGACGCCUACCGACGCGGACACCGACAACGCAAGCUACGACACAGAUGUGGCCAUCCGAGUGGAUCAGAGCGACUACAACACUGGAGAAGAUAUGUUUGCGCCUGUUCCUGGAUCAGGAAACUUUCUCUCGAGCUCACGCAACGACUCCGCCGUACCCUCGCCGGUCGAAAGUUCAGAUCAGGUUUGGUAUAACGACCGCCCUCAGGUGCCUGAGCUCUCGGCAGCACGGAACUCCUCGAUAAGCACAGCCGAGACACAAGACGAAGAGGACGAGCGUGUACUGGAGAGUACUCGCCGUCUGCAGCGUAUGCUUUCAGUCAGCUUGUCCGAUGCGCGAUCUCCUACGACCCCUGCGCUUAGCGACAGCGGUGUGUUCGAGGACUUGCCCCAAGCAAUGGCGUCUUCUGUGGACGAUUUGAUCUACGAUGCUUCAAAUACUGAGGAUGAAAAACGUGAUGCCCUGCAACAUCUCUUGAUUGUCGCCGCAAGUAAUGGAGACUUGACAACAUUGAAACGGAUACUGGACCACGAAGAUGCCUUCGCGUACGUUGAUGUCAAUAAACCAGAUGAGGAGGGCACAUGUGCUCUGAUAUACGCCGCAUGCUUUGGCCAUGAGAAGGUGGUUGAGGCAUUGGUGGAAGCGGAUGCAGACAUGAAUGCGCAAGAUAAAUUCAAAUGGUCCCCACUGAUGUGGGCUACAAAUAACAAUCACACAAGCAUCGUCAGAUUCCUGCUAGAUCAUGGUGCCUCAGCAGAUGUAAAGUCAUCCGCAGGACGGACAGCUAUGGAUUUUGCCAACGACAGUAGUCAGGAAAUCAAAGGAAUGGUGAAAAGUGCGUCUAGCCGGACAAUUCAAGGCCUGGGGUUGGAUAACAUGAAUGACUACGAGUCAUUUGACAGUCCUCACAGAGUGCGCAAAGCUCUUACAGACGACGACAAUGAUUUGCGCAGGCGGCUGGUUGCAGAGUCGGCGAUAAACCUCAACGUUGAUCUUACGAGUCUUGUCUUAGAAGAUCCGUUUCCAGAUCUGGAUGAAUCAGACUCUGAUUUUGACUGGGAGCACUGUUUACCAGAUCAGAUGUUUGUGUUUUCGGCUGAAGACAUAUCAAAGAUAUUGGAUAUGGCGAUUACGCGUAUGCAGCCAACGAGGUCAAAGUCGCAAAAGCCGGUACCUGCGAAUGUGUUGUUUCUAUCUGCGCGGUUUGCUCACUACUAUGGACCUGCCGACUUACUACAUGGUCUGAUGCUGCCGGCUAUCGAGCGUAUAAAUGACAUCGUGGAGGCGCAUGAAGAUGAUAUGACAUUUUUGGCGUUUUGGCUUUCGAACGUUACGUUGCUUUUGUAUUAUUUAAGGAAAGAUGCGGGAAUGAUGGAGGCAACUAUUGAGCACCAGCAAGAGCUUACAGAGCUCGUGAGCGAGAUUUUCGUGCUGCUGAUUCGCGACGCUGAACGGAGACUCGAUCGGGUUUUGGACGCUGCUAUUUUGGACCACGAGACUAUACCAGGGUUGGAUGAUAUUCAAUUUCAAAGAGAAUGGCCUUUUUUCCGAACUUCGAAAAAACAGGAUCAUGACAGUGAAAGUGUUACUCGGCACAGUGAUGGAGGUAUGCACGGCGGUGGAGGAUCACACGGAAGUCCGUCUUCAGGUCUUCGUCUGUCUGAUGUAAGACCACCGUCCCCUGGGAAGUUGGCCAAGCCGUCUCCCCGCAAUGUGACAUCUCUGCUCAGCUCGACUAUUUUCGUACUCGAUCUGUAUGACGUUCAUCCAGUGAUCACGCUGCAGAUUAUGGCACAGAUAUUUUAUUGGCUUGAUGCGACAAUAUUCAAUCGGAUGAUGAGCAACCGAAAAUACCUCUCGCGUACUAGAGCUAUGCAGAUCCGGCUGAACGUGUCAACUCUCGAGGACUGGGCCAGAGCCAAUGACAAAAGACCAGUGAACGUCGCUCCGGAUAUGGGAGGUGGGACGGGAACUGGCGCGAUGCAUGACAGUUUGUCUAUGAUUGCUCGACGGCAACUCGCCCCUCUGAUUCAGCUAUUGCAAUGGCUCCAGUGUCUGUCGAGUCUGGGUAACGAUACAGAGGCAAUUACAGCAACGUUAGAGCAGCUCUCGUGUCUGAGCGCAGAGCAACUGCUGCAUGUUGCAAAGCAAUAUCGUGCAGAGGUCGGAGAAGACAGAAUGUCAAAAGUAGCUCUCAAACAUCUCAAGAGCUUGGAAGAGCAACAGCAGCAGCAACAACAACAACAACAACAACAACAACAACAACAACAACAACAGCAGCAGCAAAAAGUGAGCCUGGGUAUAUUUGCAGCAUCCGCGAG